UACGUAGCGUCGUGCAUUACGGAAGUUGACAGGGAGAAGAUAUGCACCGUGAUCAUGGCGGAGGUCUGUGAGGCUGAAUUUCCAAACCUAUCAGAGUUAUUCCAGAAAGGCUGGAGCUUUUUGGAAGAUGUGGAGAGGAACAGUAAUCAACCUACUGCAAGUAGUGAGAUGCAGAAUAAGGUGAAGCGAGGCAUAGGAAUGCUAGAACAAGCCACAAGGAUGGUCAGCCAACUUGAUCUUUUCAGUGCUAAUGAGGAGUUAGAGGAGUUAUCCACUUCUGAUAUUAAGUUCCUGCUUCUGCCGGCUCUGUUGGGGUCACUUACCUUAAAGCAGGUGGGUCUCAGCCACAGAUUGCAGCACCUUGAAAAUGCUCGCUCAUACUUUAUGGACUUCCUACGCCGAUGCCAUAACUACAAAGUCUCCCAGUUUCAACUUCCCCCAUCGGAAUUGAAAAACUCUGUAGAGGAGCAGGACAUACCACAAACUGUACAUCCACCAGCACAUGCCAACCUGACAGCUAUGGCAGUACACAGGCAGGCAAAGAUUGCAAGGUACAAGCAGAAAAAAGAGCUAGAGAGCAGAGUGUCUGGCCUGCAGGAAGCUGUGAGGAGUGGCAGUGCAGAGGAAGAGCAAGUCCGGGAAUUUUACCUUCUACAGCUCCAGAGUUGGGUGUGCAUUGCCCUUGAGGAGAUAGAGAGCAUUGACCAAGAGCUGCCUCUUGUGAGGAGCCGAGAAGCCAUGAAGAAGGGAUCUGAGGUCCGUCGUCCCCACGAACCAUCAAGGACACCUAUGAAACCCUUCAUUCUAACACGUGAUGCUUUGCAGGCAAAGGUCUUUGGAGCAGGGUACCCAAGCCUACCAACUAUGACAGUGGAUGACUGGUAUGAUCAGCACAGAAAGAAGGGGGUCCUGCCUGACCAAGGAGUAAUUAGCCAUACAAAGGACGAGGAGCAAGAGGCAGCUGAACGAGAGAAGAAGGAGGAAGAGGAUGAUCCAGAUACACUACAGAAAGCUCGGCAUUGGGAAGACUGGAAGGACACUCACCCAAGAGGCUAUGGGAAUAGAAAGAACAUGGGUUAAGCCGUAUAUUUGCCUGUCUGUAAUUAUGUAAUACAGUUUGUAAUUGCACAAGGUGGAUUACUAAAAGCUCAUAAAUAUGGACAUUUGUCAUACAUGACAUGUGGCGUGCAGUAUCUCCUUGUACAAGGGGAUAACAUUGUGCGGUGUGGGGUCAUACAGCUUGAAAUAGUGUUCUUUUGUCCUUACCUUAUGCCCUCAAUGCAGACUGUUAUUCAUAAUGCACUUGAGCUGCUGUUUAUAUUUAUUUUUUUGUUGCUGUGUUUUUUUUUAAUAAACAAUGUUCUGCCAAAUAAA